AUGAAUUGUUUAAAGAUUGUAAUACUGGGUAGUGGAAGUGUUGGAAAGUCUGCCAUCACAAUACAAUAUGUCAAUGGAGAGUUCAUUGAUCAAUAUGAUCCAACAAUAGAGGAUAUGUAUAGAAAGAUCAUGGAACUAAAUGGUGAACAUUACAUGUUGGAGAUCAUGGAUACCGCAGGAACUGAGAACUUCUUGGUAAUGAGAGAUAUGUAUAUACGUAAUGGACAAGGCUUCAUAUUGGUAUAUAGUAUUGCAGCCAGGAGUACCUAUUAUGACCUACAAUCUAUAAAGGAUCAGGUCUGUCGUGUAAAGGACCUCCCAACAUGCAAGAUACCGAUGAUAGUGAUGGGCAACAAGUGUGAUAUGGAGAGUCAGCGCCAGGUCGAGGCCAAGGAGGCCGAACAACUCGUGGAGAAGUGGGGUGGCAAUGUCGAAUACAUCGAGACCUCUGCCAAGACCAGAGUCAACAUAGCCUCUGCCUUUGAGCGACUGGUGAAGCAAAUGCAAAGCAAAGACCCCUGCAGGCGCAAGAAGAGGUCAAAGAAGAUGCAACAGUGUACAUUACUAUGA